UAGCUCACUCACAUUGCAUAAUUUGAUCAAUACAAACAGAAAACAAAAACAUGGGUUUGUCUAGAAUUUCACUAGCGCUCGUAAUUUGCAUUCUAGGCUUGGGGGUAAUCGAGUUGUGUUAUGCCCAAACCACCCCUCAAGACUUCCUUGCCCCCCACAAUCGGGCUCGUGCUGAGGUGGGCGUCGGGCCUAUGACGUGGGAUGACUCCGUGGCGGCUUACGCGCGAAACUAUGCAAACCAACGCCAAGGCGACUGCAAGCUCGUUCACUCUGGUGGGCCAUAUGGGGAGAAUAUUGCUUGGAGCAGCGGCGACCUAUCGGCCGCCGGUGCCGUCGGAAUGUGGGUGGCGGAGAAGUCACUAUAUGAUUACUACUCCAACAAGUGUGUUGGUCAAAACCCUAUGGGGUGCUUGCACUAUACUCAGGUGGUGUGGCGUAAAUCCACGCGCUUGGGCUGUGCUAAGGUCCGGUGUAACUCUGGGGGUAGCUUCGUCAUUUGCAACUAUAAUCCUCCGGGAAACUACAUUGGACAGAGGCCUUACCAAGAGCUAGCUAUAAGCAUCUGAUAUAAUAUUAGCCGCAAUUAUUCAUGAUCAGUUACGUACGUACUAUUUUCCUAUUGAGUUUUUGAGAAUAUGUGUGUGUGUAUUUUAAUUAACUUGAUCGUGAAGUGGGCAUGCGUGUGUGUUUCAGCAAGGAAAUGUAUCUUCCUAUAAAUAAAUGGUUAAUUAGUAAUAAUAAAGAUGCUUCAUCUUAAUUUUAUAUGAUA